UAGGCGCACAUGUCUUAAACCACAGUGUAUAAUUUGCUCUUUGGGAUAUUUCAAAAAAGGAGUUCAGAGGGAAACGGAUGGCUCGCUCUUUGUGAUGCGGUUUUCCGCAAUAAGCCACUGUGUGUAACGCUGUGUAAUUUUAUCCACGCUGCACUCUCUUGAUUCACGCAAGGCUGAUACCUUGCCUCCCCCUUUCCUUUGUAUCAAUUGGUCGGAGUUCAGGCUAUUGUCACUGGAAGGUUCUUUUAGAUCUGUGCACGCUGUCGAUCAGCGAAAUCUCACGAAAGGCUCCUUGUAGGAUACAGAAGUUUUUACAGUCCUCUGUAGGGAGAGCAAAGGAGACGACAACAGCCAGGACGAGACCGCACUGUUGCCAACGCACCGGCCCUAAUCGACCGCGGCUUCACCAGAUCACUUCAGAUAAAGAGACCGCAGAGGAACACAUCUGCGUGCCAAUGUUUCGUGGGCAGGAUCAUUACGUUUUGCCAGCACUGCGGCAAAGGCAUACGCCAACUCUUUAAUGGGACCCCGGAGGCCAUUCCUAUCCAUUCUUGUCAGAAUCUUAGGAUAUACAGCCAUGCCACAAUGGUUAUAAUUCAGUUCCUGUUGUUGCUGAGUUUCUUGGACCAAAGCAAGCAGGAUUAUCUGUCUCCGAGGCUUGCUUGGACUUCAGGGGCGCCUUGUGCCAGGGGCCAGGCGUGUGACCCAAGGCAGCGGAGAGAUGCUGGGGGACGCGGUGGAGUCUACGAGCACCUCGGAGGAGCACCAAGAUGCAGAAAACUUUACUGUGCAACCAAAUAUCAUUUGCAAAUACACCCAAGCGGGAAAAUAGACGGUUCUCUUGAGGAAAACAACCAAUUUAGCAUCAUGGAGAUCACAGCAGUGGAUGUUGGAGUGGUAGCGAUAAAGGGGAUAUUUUCCGGGAGGUAUCUGGCCAUGAAUGAUAAAGGACGUCUAUACGCCUCGGAUCUGUUCAACCAGGAGUGUGAGUUCCUGGAGCGGAUUCAUGAGCUGGGCUACAACACCUAUGCUUCACGACACCACUCCACCCUGCAGCCCCCUGCAGGGGGUGGCAGUGGCAAACGACGAGCCAGUGCCAAGAGGCAGUGGUAUGUGUCCAUCAAUGGGAAAGGCCGGCCAAGGAGGGGCUUUAAGACACGCAGCACUGACAAAGCCUCCCUUUUCCUGCCUCGAGUGCUAGGCAAUAAGGACCAUGAGAUGGUGCGAAAGCUCCGUGACAGCCAGAGGCCUCCAGCUGGACAGCAGAGUCCCACUAUGGGCCGGGCUGAGCACCGGAGACGGAGACACAGGGCCCGGGGCAGAAAGGGCAGAACCAAGAGGCCUGGUGACUGACUAACACUCGCCACUGCCUGAGAGCAGUAGGCCCUAUUUCUCCGCUGAGGAGCACCAGUUCACGGCACAUGAAACGGACCAAAAACAGACUUACUGAAAUAUCUAUCUUAGAAGGAGAAAAUUUCACUUGGAUCAGUCAGUGGCAGCAAGCUAUACUUCGUUGUUCAAGCUCCCGCCAAAAUCCUUGCUUGAGAUACAUGCAACUCGAACCAUCCCACUACAACUAUUGCAAUACCAACACAAGAUUUGCCUGGGAAUUCAAGUCAGGCACAUACAUCUAAAGUUAGAUCUACCACUACACAAGUAUGAAAGGAUGAUACAUUUUGUGUUUGUUUUGUACAUACACGUGUGAAUGUGACUAAAGUCAACACAGCUGGAUAUCUUCUUACUGUUAUAUUACCUGGAAGAAGACAAGUUGUUUUUGUGUUCUUGUGGAACUUUUUAAAGAUCAUAAAUAAUGUAUGUAUAUAUGUGUACAGUUAUUUUUCAUAUCCGUUUCAUUUAUCAGCAGCUUUAAGUUCAAGCAAGAACUGGACAUCAUUCAAGUGCUUACAGAUGCCAAGUUGGUGGUAUGCACCAUCAUUCACGUGCUUACAGAUACCAAGUAGGUGGUAUGCACCAUCAUUCAAGUGCUUAUCGAUGCCAAGGAGGUGGUAUGCUCCAGAGAAAUAGAAAUAUAGCAAAGCACUUUUUCAAACUAACAUAAAAAGAAAACAAAUAAAAACAUGGGAACACAUUUAUUUUGAAAUGUAGUUAUGAUGUGAUAGUGUACUGUCUGUAAACUGCAAGAAGUACUUUGUAUAUUGCUAAUGAUAUGAAUAUUUAUUUGGUACCUGUGUUUUUUAAAUUAUUGAUGAGAUUGUUUCUACAUUUACCAAUGUUAUUCUUUUUUACUUUGUUGUAACCAACCAGGCGUACCCCUCACUCAACGUAUGGUACCGAGAUAUAUUGUCAAAACAAAUGGUCAAUCUGGCUUGUCAAUCAUGACUUUGUUUUGUUAAUUGGUGUAACAAGCUAGUGCAACUGAACAGACAAAAUACGUCAAAUUUACUUAUCAAAUCCUCGUUGUCCAUUUUUGGGCAUGAGAGCACACUCAACUGACUCCAUUUUGUUCUGCCCAUGACCAUGUUUUGUACUUCAACCCAGGUUGGGAUCAUCUCUGUCAGUUCUGACACCACUGUUCCAACACCAGGUAGGUCUAGCUUUGGUCUUGCAUGUUGCUCAUAGAUUGCCGUUCUGUUCAGAGCAUGGGGGAUCCAGCUUUGUUCCACUCCAUGUUAACACAAAUAUGUCAUUGUCAUGAUUUUGUUCACCACCAAUCAAUUAUUUUAUGGUGAAUGUUGAGUCAUGAGGCUAUAGUGAACACUGUAACAUAUAAACAAUAAACUAUCAAGUAUUUGUUUUAAUGUCA